CUCAAUUGGGCCUCGGCGUCCUCUUAAGAAAACGGCCUCGGCGUCUUCCCGAGAGAACCGCGCCCCUUGCAAAAUUUUCACGCCGGAGCAGCCGCGAAAACCUGGAGCGCGCCCGCGCCGCCCGCCCGAUUCGAAACUCAAACCCAAAAAUUUGCACAUCGUGGCGCGUUUAAAUCCGUCCGCUCCCGCAUCCCACGGGGAAUUUUUUUCGAAGCGCAGCAAAUCCUCACGCCUCGCUCUCGCACGACACCAACGCAAGUCAGCGCGCUCGUUGUAGGCUAGGGUUCCGGCGGCGAUGGCGGGCAAGGGAGGGAAGGGUCUGCUGGCGGCGAAGACGACGGCGGCCAAGAGCACCGACAAGGACAAGGACAAGAAGAAGGCCCCCGUCUCCCGCUCCUCCCGCGCCGGCCUCCAGUUCCCGGUGGGUCGCAUUCAUCGUCAGCUCAAGUCGAGGGCGUCGGCCCACGGUCGCGUCGGCGCCACCGCCGCCGUGUACUCCGCCGCCAUCCUCGAGUACCUGACCGCCGAGGUCCUGGAGCUGGCGGGCAACGCCAGCAAGGACCUCAAGGUGAAGCGUAUCACCCCGCGCCACCUGCAGCUCGCCAUCCGCGGGGACGAGGAGCUCGACACGCUCAUCAAGGGCACCAUCGCCGGCGGCGGCGUCAUCCCGCACAUCCACAAGUCCCUCAUCAACAAGACCGCCAAGGAGUGAAGGAGACCUGUGCUUCUCAUACCUGGUACCUGCGCCUGACCACCCUGUAUGCAGCGUAGCGACUCGUUGUUUCAGUUGUGUCUUUGUUCUCAGUUGCGGUAAACAAAACUCGCUUAUCUGUCGGUAUCUGUGUAUGUGCUAAUUAGUUUGCAGGGUAAUAGGUCUCUGAUUCCAGGCGGAAUUCGUGUGAAACUCGCUGCUGCUUGUAUCCUAUCUGAUGUUCUGAACCCUGUCCGUUGAUGAUUCAGUUUAGUUUACUUGUGGAUGGCUUUGGUAUCUACCCCUGUUUAUUGUUCCAUCUUUGAUAAUACUUUCGACUA